AUGCAGUUGGUGGCGAAGGACAAGCUAGGCCUCUAUGAACGUUGCCGCGCUCGGCUCGAGCAAGUCAAUGCCAAGCUGUUCAUCACCGACUCUGACCCCCUCGUCUUGUCGGAAGUGGCGUCCGAGCUUGCCCGUGUGAUCCCAAUCCUGGAAUUGGAGAACAACACCGAGGGCUGGCCGACACUAGAGGGUCUAGUCCAGGCGGAAAGCGCGGACGCGCGUGUAUCUCAUGCUAAGACCGCACAAGAAGCCGGCGAACACAAUGCCUUCAUUAAUCGGACUAGCGGAUCAUCGGGAAAAAUGAAGUCACUAAAUGAAGUGACUACGUCACCUCUGCUCCUGCUCCUAGAAUGGAUGGACAUGGAUGGUAGAGGGCCGGAGAUGGGUGGUCGUGAUUGA